GUGAGGUGCGCGGCUGUCUUUGCUCUGGGGACGUUUGUGGGAAACUCUGCUGAGAGGACAGACCACUCCACCACAAUCGACCACAACGUGGCCAUGAUGCUGGCCCAGCUCAUCAACGAUGGCAGCCCUGUGGUCCGCAAGGAACUGGUGGUAGCACUGAGUCACCUGGUGGUCCAGUAUGAAAGCAACUUCUGUACUGUUGCCCUGCAGUUUAUAGAAGAGGAGAAGAACUACACAGUGCCAUCACCAGCCAACACUGCAGAGCCCGGUAACCUGACCCCAGUGAGGGACAGCCCGGCCAUCCCACGCCUGCGAUCAGUCAACUCCUACACCAACAUCCGAGCUGCCACCACUGCCCGCAACCUGAACAAGAGCCUGCAGAACCUUAACGUCAACGAAGACGGUAGGAGGCAGAAAGUGCUGGGGAACAGA